AUGUCUUCAGUCCACACAAGCAGCGUGGGAACAAGAUUUUCAUCGAAUCCAAUAACAAGUAAUGCCAUUCACAACAAACCUCGUGAUGAUCGAAUUAAAUUCUUUAAGCGCAUCCCGAUUAUUAAAUUUGAAAAUAUACCACUCAAUUAUUUGUAUCGUGAAGAUGUGUGCUCUUUUCUCGGAGAUGUUAUUCCUGGCAAUGAUUUGGAAGAGUUAUUUAGAGAAUUUAGAAACAUCAUGCCGAGCAAGAACACUCGUAGGAGAGUAGAUACACUCGCAUAUGAUAGUCAAAAUAGUGAAGAAUUUAAUCAUGUGAAAACAAAAUUAUUGCAAUUUCAAAAUUCAUACAAAUAUUGUCCACAAAGCGUUCUUAAUCAAACCACACAAUCGGAACGUUUAUGA